UAAAUACUGUAUUUUGUCAUUAGCUGGCUUUAUCAUACGGGUGUGAGAAUUUCCCUUCCCAGCUAAAGGCAGGCAUUGAAAUAAUACACAUACAUUUUGGGAGACGUUUCCAGGGGUGUGUAUUAUACCCUAUUAACUGAGCAUUAAGAGGAUUCCAGGUGUAUCUGCCUUGUAACUUACCUGGAGAGUACCCUGCAUGUGGACAGUGCUGAGGGGGCAUUGUUACCCCACCACCGGCUAAGAACCCCCCGGGAGGAGGCUGACCAUUCUACCUCUUGUGGCCAUAAUGCUGACUGCCCGCCUCUUCAGACCCCUGUCACAGCUCCCAGGGAAAACCCUGAGUUUGUGUGAUAGAGAAAAGGGAACAAGACGCAUGCUGCUGCUUUACUCCGCCUCCCCUGUCCCUGUCAGCCUGCGCACUUACUCUGAUGAGGUGAACCCGGUUGGCAGUAAAGCUGUCCUGGUCACAGGCUGUGACUCGGGAUUUGGGUUCUCGUUGGCCAAACAUCUGCAUUCAAGAGGCUUCCUUGUGUUUGCUGGCUGCUUGAUGAAGGACAAAGGAAAUGAUGGGGUCAAGGAGCUGGACAGCUUGAAGAGCGAUCGACUAAGAACUGUUCAGCUCAAUGUCUGCAAAAGCGAGGAAGUGGACAAAGUGGUGGAGAUUGUCCGCUCGAGCCUGGAGGACCCUGAGAAAGGCAUGUGGGGCCUGGUCAACAACGCGGGCAUCUCGACUUUCGGAGAGGUGGAGUUCACCAGCAUGGAGACCUACAAGGAGGUGGCAGAAGUGAACCUCUGGGGCACGGUGCGGAUGACAAAAUCCUUUCUGCCCCUCAUCCGAAGGGCCAAAGGUCGCAUUGUCAACAUCAGCAGCAUGCUGGGCCGCAUGGCCAACCCAGCCCGCUCCCCAUAUUGCAUCACCAAGUUCGGGGUGGAGGCUUUCUCUGACUGCCUGCGCUACGAGAUGUACCCGCUGGGCGUGAAGGUCAGUGUGGUGGAGCCUGGCAACUUCAUUGCUGCCACCAGCCUCUAUAGCCCUGAGCGGAUCCAAGCCAUUGCCAAUAAGAUGUGGGAAGAACUGCCUGAGGUGGUGCGCAAGGACUAUGGCAGGAAGUACUUUGAUGAGAAGAUCGCCAAGAUGGAGACCUACUGUAACAGUGGCUCCACAGACACAUCCCCUGUCAUCAAGGCCGUCACCCACGCUCUGACCUCUGCCACGCCCUACACUCGCUACCACCCCAUGGACUACUACUGGUGGCUUCGAAUGCAGAUCAUGACCCACUUGCCCGGAGCAGUCUCCGACAGGAUCUACAUACACUGAAGAGUUUCCCACUGGCCUCUGUUGGGGAGCCCUGGUGGGAGGGAAGGGGGGGGGGAGGGAGGGAGGAUCUUGACUACCUACUUGUGCAUUAUCCACACACAGUCUCAGGAGGACCUAUCACCCGUUUUAGCAUUAGCCAGAGGGGAUAGCCCAGACCUACUUGUGCGCACAACGAGUGGUCUAGGCCUUCGCAGUCAUGGUAUGGAGUGGUGUGCAGGGCCCCCAAACCUCAGGGCAAACAUGGUACAUCCAACUCUAUGGAGCGGAUUUCAUACAAAGCGUUUGGGAAGACAUGUUUAUAUUAAAAACAGAUUUAUUAUCAAUUCUUCACAUUUUAAAGCCAAAACAUCAGUUCAAAAA